AUGGCUUGGCAAGUAAUACUGUUUUCUUCUUGUCUUUAUUUAGUGACAGAAGCAUACCAGGUUCACUAUUCUGUAUUGGAAGAAAUUAAGCAAAACACUGUUAUAGGAAAUCUUGCAGUGGAUUUGGGCAUAAGUAAGAAAGAACUGGAAACAAGAAAACUAAGGGUUAUUUCCCAUAAUAAGAAGCACAAUCAUUUUAAUGUCAGUUUAGAUGGCAAUUUAUAUGUCACUGAUAGGAUAGAUAGGGAAGAACUGUGUAGCUCGAAACCAAUUUGUCAUCUAGAUCUUGAAGUUCUGGUGGAAAAUCCUGUAAAUGUUUACCCUGUUACAGUCCAAGUCCUGGAUAUAAAUGAUAAUUCUCCAUGUUUUUCCAAGGAUAUUUAUGCAAUUGGGAUAAGUGAAUCUGCUUCACCAGGAGCUCAUUUUAUACUGGGAAAUGCAUUUGACUCUGAUCUAGGUAGCAAUUCAAUACAGAGUUAUAGCCUUAGCCCAAAUCCAUAUUUCACACUGGGCGAGAAAACUGACAGCGAAGGAACAAAACAUCCAGAACUGAUCUUGGAACAACCUCUCGACCGAGAAAACCAACCGAGAUAUAUACUCGCUUUAACAGCUUAUGAUGGAGGAAACCCCCUAAGAACUGGGACAACUCUCAUUCAAAUUGACAUACAGGAUGUUAAUGACAAUUAUCCAGUGUUCAGCCAGGACACCUAUAGAGUAACUUUAAAGGAAGAUACAUCAGUGGGUUCAGUGGUUCUUAAACUUAAUGCCAGUGACAGAGAUGAAGGAUCUUAUGGACAAGUCACUUAUUCCUUUAGUUACUUUGAUGAAAGUGCACAAAAUGUCUUCUCUAUGGAUUCUCAAACUGGAGUUAUUAAAACAAUGGAAGAACUGGACUAUGAGACAAUGCAAAGUUACAAAAUGAGUGUAGAAGCUAAGGAUGGGGGUGGGUUAGUGGCAAAAUGUGCUCUUAUAAUGCAGAUUGAAGAUGUCAAUGACAACAUUCCAGAGAUCAUGUUUGCAUCAUUGUCUACUCAAAUUCCAGAAGACGCAUUACCUGGGACACUUGUAGCAUUAAUUAAUGUCAAGGAUUUGGACUCCAGAGAAAAUGGUGAUGUUGUAUGUCAAAUUAGUGAAUCCUCCCCAUUUAAUUUAAUCCAGUCGUCUAAUAAUUACUAUAAACUUGUCACUAGAGGUCCAUUAGACAGAGAAAAAAGCACAAAUUAUAAUGUAACAAUCAUAGCUGAAGAUGGAGGUUCACCUCCUAUGAUAAGUAAAAGGAAUAUCUCCAUAACUGUUUUGGAUGUAAAUGACAAUGCCCCCGUCUUUGAUAGAACAUUUUAUAUUUACUACAUUCCAGAGCAAACCCCAGCAGGAACAUCAAUACAGAAUAUCCAUGCACAAGAUACUGAUGAAAAUGAGAAUGCUCAGAUAAUUUACUCCAUUAUGUACAGUAAUAUUGAGAAUAUUCCAGUCACAUCAUAUGUUUCCAUAAACUCAGUCACAGGAGUAAUUUAUGCUCAGAGAAAAUUUGACUAUGAACAGUUACGGGAAUUUCAGUUCCAGGUGAUGGCUAAAGACAGUGGAUCUCCUCCUCUAAGCAGUAAUGUCACAGUGAGGAUAUGUAUCAUUGAUAAGAAUGAUAAUGCUCCUAAGAUUCUCUACCCAUCACCAGACACCGAGGCAUUAUUCGAGUUUGUUCCUCACUCUGCUGAGAAAGGUUAUCUGGUCACCAAAGUGAUUGCAGUGGACGAUGACUCUGGACACAAUGCCUGGCUCUCCUAUCACUUACUCCAAGUCCCUGAUCCAUCUUUAUUCACAAUUGGUCAAUAUACUGGUGAAAUUAGGAUUGGAAGAGAUCUUCCAGAUAUGGAGUCCUUAAGGCAAAUACUUGUGGUUAUGGUGAAGGAUAAUGGAGUCCCAUCUCUGUCAUCUACAGUUACUUUGAACCUGGUUAUGGCUGAGAAUUUUCAACAAGUAGUGCCAGACAUAAGAAGACAACCCAAUAACCCAUCACCUGCUUCUAAUGCAACAUUCUACCUUGUAAUAGCUAUAGCUCUCAUCUCUGUGUUGUUUAUUGUGACAGUGCUGAUUACAGUCAUCUUUAAAUGCAAAAAGACUCAUACUCCAAUGUAUUUUGGAUCAUAUAAUAGAAAUGUGUACCCUCAGUUCACCCUAGGAUGUCCUUCUGAGAUCAGUGAUACAAGUUUACCUUUCCCAUUCUCAUAUGAUGUGUGUGUGACUCUGGACUCAAAGCAGAAUGAAAUUGCUUAUCUGAAGCCAGUGCAGAAUGUACCUACAGAGAACCUUAUUGAUACAGAAAAUCCAACUGUUGCAGAGAAUUCUAUGAUGGUUAACAUGCCUACCGAGAGUAAUACACAAGUAAGUAGAACAUUAAACUGA